CAGAGACACAGCUGAGAGGGAGACUGGCAGAGGCAGGCAACACCUCUCUGCACCACCACAUAUUUCUCCUCCUGACGACCUUCCUGCCUCCUGAGGACAUGAGUGAGGGGCGUGACGGCGAGGAUGACGUGCUGGGGGAAUGCUGGAUCACCUCGUGGGAACAGCAGACGGUGCAGGAGCUGGAGGGAGAGGCAGACCACCAAGAACACUUACAGGGCGAGGCUGACGCGGCUGCCGAGAAGCUUUGGUCUCUUUUCCAGGCAGCGGCGCAGUGUGUGGCCGUCAUGUACAAAGGUGCAGCCGACAGCCAGAACUCCAUGUGGGUACCUUUCCAGACAGCAGCCGGCCACAUCACUGCCCUCUACAAAGAUGCAGUAGAAUGUGUGCGGCGGGGCGGGGAGGUGGGCAUGCAGGCUGGCUAUCAGAGGAGGACCAGGGAGGUGCUUAACUGGGCCAGGCGCAGGAGGCACUUCCGCCGAGAGGAACUGCUAGCGUUCCUGGCCGGCAAGACACCCCCACACAGACCCGCACACAUCAGAGGGUCACCACGCACUCGUAUCUCUCUGGAACGCAUGAGUCCUCGCCUGCCCAGCCCUCACCACCCACACCACCACAACCACAACCCAGAACCAGACCUCAGUACCUUCAGGGAAGCUCUCGGCAUACCAGGUCAGCCAGCCAUCACCGUGCGACCCUCAGCUGUGGGAUCGCCUACCCUCUCCUCUCGCCGCCGCAGCUCAGCCCACCUGCCGGAACUCCAGGCCUUCCUGUGCGAUGAGUUUGCCCGCAACAAGAGGCCCGCCCCCUCCUCUUCCCCCACCCAUGACGUCACCAUGGACUCGCCUCAGCACAAGCGUUCUCGUUAUACUUAAAAGCCUUGCCUGUUUUUUUAUUUUUCCCCACUUUUUUCGUUUUCGUUUUCUUUUUUCUUUUGUUUAGUAAUAUCCCACCUUUGCUUUGUUUUUUUUACCUCUUUUUUGGCAGGUGUUUGUGUGUGAUGUUUGUACGUGUGUGAGUGAGUGAGUGAGUGCAUGUGUGUGUAUCUCAUUUUGAAAGUGCGUAAUUCUGUGCCUAAGGUGAUACAGUAAUAUCUAUUAUUUUGUUUUUUCUUGUUUAUUUUAUAUUUUCUAUUUUUACCCACCAUAUGUAAGUUUCUUUCUGUACGAGUUUCUACAUUUCUAUCCUUUUUUUUUUUUUUUUUUUUUUUUUUUUUUUUGUGUCACUUGGAUAUUUCUCUGCUGCUGUUGGCACAAAGAAGACCCUGGGACAUAUUAGCUUAACCUUUACAGUACCAGCAUGGAAUGACAAGGUGUGACAAACUAGCUUAAAGAGAAUUGUUACCCUUUGUCUCUGGACCAGAGCUGCUGAACUUCCCUUGAAUCAUGGUGAGCUUUAUUAGUGUUUCUCAUUCAUCUUAGCACUUCAGGAAGCUUCUUUCAUCCAUAAAAUCUUCAGAAUUGAUGCUCGUGAACCAAAGCAACCUCUCAAGAGUUUUCUGUAGCAUUUUUCAUUUGUCAACUACAGAGAAUAUUUUUUCCACGAGAUUAUAAAAUUGGAUGUUUAGGAGUUAUUUUUUUUUAUUAGUUUUUAAUUAAUUAAUUUUUUUUAUAUAUUGGAGGAAACUUGCUUCUCCCAUCAGAAACUAUAAAAUUGUAUACUUGGUUGCCUUACAUGAGCCUCUAAAACCUUUACUACUGUUCCCUAUUCAUCUCCAGUGCAGGAAACUCCCUUUUUUUUUCAUCAAACUACAAGAUUGGCCAGCAUUAUGAUGCCAAACUACAAAAUUGGAUGCUGGGUUUCUUUACAUCAGCUUCUAAAACUUGUACUACUGUUUCCUAUUAAUUUUCAGUUCAAGAAACUCAUUUUUUUUUCUAACAAACUAAGAAAUGUUCCAGCUCUGGGAUGCCAAACUUGUCAGGUGGCACUGUACAGGUUGAGAUGGACACAGUAUUUCCAUGGGUCAGGGUUUUUGCCUCAGUGUGCAGAGAAGGAUCUUAUAAUGCAAAUGGCAAGCUGGCUAUGUGUAGGUGGCCGUUUGGCAGAGUUUGCAGGUAUUUUAUGCUGAACAGUCAUUAUAUUUCCUGACAGUAACACAAAUAGCAGCAAAAGAGAGAAGUAUUAGCGCACACACACACACACACACACACCCGGUAGCUCAGUGGUUAGAACGCUGGUUUCACAAGCCAGAGGACCGGGGUUCGAUUCCCCGGCCGGGUGGAGAUAUUUGGGUGUGUCUCCUUUC